AUCUCUGGGUAUCCAUUUUUAAACUGACAUUUUUCAAAAUGAAGGUUAGAUGCAGAUUCCAAGUUAUCUAUAAGCUGAAAUGCUACAUUUUUUAGAGAUUCGGUGUUCUCUAAAAUUUAUGCAUUAUCAUUCCCUUGCUGAGGACCUGCAGAAUUUGCAAGAGCAUUUCACCAUACAGGUGGUAUCAUUUCCUCAAGAACAGGAACAAAAAGUUUUUCAGUGGCAUCUUUUGAUAUGGAGUCUCCUCCCCACUGUUUUUGGAAAGCUUGGUGGAUUCAUUCAUGGUAGGGUUACCAACUGACUGAAAAUAACCAGAUGACUGACCUAGCCCUUUGUGGCCAUCUAAGGGUUGCCCAGUCUGGUAGUCUGAAUUCAUGGGCUUUCUAGGAGAGGUUGGAAGGAGGAUUUUUACUAUCCUGAAUAGAAUUUAAAGUACAGGGUGAGAGGUGCAGACAAAUGGUCAGCAAGUCUAUAUAUUCCUGAAAAGAGAAACAAAAUCAAGGAAGUACAGGUGGUCCUUGACUUACAACAGUUCAUUUAGUGACUGUUCAAAGUUACAAUGGCAUUGAAAAAAAGGGACUUAUGACCGUUUUUCAUACUUACAACCGUUGCAGAUCCCCAUAGUCCAUGUGAUCAAAAUUUAGAUACUUUGGCAACUGAUUCGUAUUUCGGACGGUUGCAUCGUCCCAGAGUUGUGAUCCCCUUGUGACCAGCAAAGUCAAUGGGGAAGCCAGAUUCACUUAACAAUGAUGUUACUAAUUUAACAACUGCAGUGAUUCACUGAACAAAUAUAGCAAGAAAAGUUGUAAAAUGGGAUAAAACUCAGCAACAUAAAUUUUGGGCUCCAGUGUGAUUGUAAGUGAAGGACUACUUGUAGUCUGUUGGGAAGGAUAACUCUCCCUUUGAAAGGCACAGUAGAAGAGAGAAGGAAGAAAAUAUUCUAUAUUUCUUAACUGAAAAGUAAAAGUUCAGAAUGAAAUAUGUUAAGUGCUGUUUUAGCAAUAUUAGAAUAUUUUCAUAAUCUAUAUAGAUGAUUGGAUUUUUAUUCAUUUAAUAUUUUUAAGGAAAACAGCUGAGCCAGCCAGUUUAAAUCUAAUAUAUUCAAGCAUGAUGAUUUUAAGAGCAGAACAAGUUGAACAUAAUGUAUUCUCUGUUCCUAAAAUAAUACAGUACUGUAACUUGAGAUAAGCAAAUGUUGCUAAAAUCAGUUUUUCCGAAUCAUGGUUCACUUGACAGCCUCAAAGGUAAAAUUUUUUCCAGGUUUCACAUUGUUUGAAAAACUUCUGAGUUAAAAUAAAUAAACAUUUUUAUGAGCUAAGUUGAGAUUAGCAUUUAUCAGUCACAAAACAGCCACAAAACAAGCCCCCAGUACAAAAUAAUGCAGCAAUGUGGGGAUAAAGGAGAGUCAGUGUGUUUUGAUAUUUAGAAAUUUCAAUAAUGGAAAAAAUGCUGCUACCGGUAUCAGAAAUUUGCAGCAUUGCCUGGCAAUUUGCUUCUUCAAUCAGGCUAUAGUGGAGAACAAGUUGACGGGCAGAUGUCUUUAUGAGAUCCUGACUGGUAAUAAUCAUAAUUUGACAUGGUCAUCUUAUUGCUUUUACAACAAAUUCUCGAUUCCGAGCAAUUGUGUUACAGAAUUCUGUCGUAAACUUCCUUUAAUUUAAGUACAACUUGAUUCUGAUUGCAAGUCUUUAUAAAAUCACUUUGUUCUGAGCAGUAUUAGCAAUAUUACUGUCCCUGUUUUGUUUUGUUUUUCCAGCAAAGGAUUUAGAAUUUCUAGAAUUGUGGCAAAAGAAAGAGCUCUUUUUGACCCUCAUGAUUACUUUACCCUGGCAUGUGAGCAAAGCGUCCCCUAAAUCCAGUUUGUUCCUUGAAGGCGUGAGAAUUUCUCUACUGCAUGAGGUCUGUGCAAAUCAUCUGCACUACAAAGGAAUGCCCAUUUUAGUAAUCUGGGAAUCGCAAAUAUUUAGAAACAGCAUGCAACAAUGGCAAAAGGAGAAGUAAUUUAAAGUUUGCUGGGUUCUUAUCCUAAAUUGUAUUUGGCCUGAAGUUCAGGAAGGAAAAAAGAUCAAUUCUUUUAAUUGAGGGGUAACGGAAUAGCAACAUUGCACAUUUCAGAAAAAAGGAGAAAAUAAUUUGCUUUAUUUUAAAAUUUAAAUUGAGUCUCUUAAAAUCUAGUUACAUAAUCUAUUUGGCUAAGAUGAGAAGUUCUUUAUCCCUUUUAGGCAUUGUGUUAUUUAACUUUAAUAUUAUUGUAUAUGUCUAAGAAAUAAUACAACUGAAUUUUUAAACAAUAAAUCUUGAGCAAACAGAAUUGUAUUGUCCAGUCUUUCCCAUUGCACAAAUAAAGACCCAGUUCAAGGUUGAGAUGAUACACAUUUUGAUAACUCAGUUUUUGGUAUAUGCUGUAAAAGUGUCUUUCCAAAAAUGUUAUAAUCUAUGCUUGCCAAUAAUAGCAAUCCAGGCAAAAUAAGUUCAAGGUUUCUUGUAAAUAACUAAAUUCUUUGCCAUCUUGUAUGCCAGUGAGUAAAUGGUAUCUUAUAACCUUGUUUUGCCUUAGAAUCAGAAAGAAGUCCGGUUAUUUCUAAUUUGAGCAAUUUGUUACCUGAUAAUGUCUGUGCAUAUUUGUUGUCCACUAAGUGCUUUUUUUCUGUCCUUGCAAAAGUUUGACAGUAAGGAGAGAGAAAGAGGCUAUUCUAUUCAUUGCAGAAAAUUCCUUGUAUUGUGGGUUGUAGUAUGCAGUAACCUGUUUCUGGAAAAGUCUAAGUUCAAAAGGAUGGGACAAUUUGGCAUUCCGUGUUCACUGGUUUUGGGAAUAUAUGUCAGACCUGUUGUUUGUUCAUGGGAAAAUUACUGGUAGCAAAUAUACAAAAAUGCUUUAUAGGACUCAACUCUGAGAUCAGACUGGAUAAUACAUUUAGUAAGUAUAUAUUGUGUUGUAGACAAAAUUGAUGGAUCUUGCUAUAGGAAAAUGUAAUGCUCAUUGACACUUUUUGUACUUUUUAAUAAAACUCUAUUGCUCUCCAGAUUUACUUGGUAUACACUUAUGAUGCUGGACUAGAAAUUGGGAAAUUAUGAGUUCUAGACCUCGUUAGGCAUAAAAGCCUGGUCUAGACAUUGGUUCAGUCAUUCUUUCUCAGCUCAACAGAUCUAACAGAAUAACAAUGCUGAUGGUGCUAUUAUGGUUGCUUACACAGUCAGCCAGAUGUUUAGAUUGGAUUUGACAUUUUUAUCCAUCUACUGAUUCCUUCCCAGGUUGGGAAUCUUAUCAAUGUUUUCCUGACCAUUUCAAAACAGAUAUAUUUCAUGCAGAAGUAUUUGGUCCAGGCUGAUAAAGAAAUGAAAUUGAUUGCUACGCUUAGUUCAUUAUUUGUAUUUCGUUGAGGAAUCUUGGCCAGACUAGAUUUAAUUCUGGCAGUUCCAUGAACUUCAGCAUGAACCUUCCAGUCAUUUAUUACAGAAAGAGGGAAGGUCAGAUUUAUAAGCGAAAAAUAAAAUAGAGCUAAGUCUCUUCCUUCUACUUUUUUACCAUUGAAGUUGAGAAGGAACCUGGAGAAGAACAGGCUAUUUUUCUUCUCAGCUGAGUAACUUCUUUGUCUUUAUAUGUGGGCUAUUUCCUGCCUAUUAUCAAAUUCAGUUUGUUCUUUAAUAAACUAUAUUUAAGUCUGUUUGCUGAUUAAAUGGCACCCAUCCGUAAAACCAAUUCCCAUUACCCACAGCUCUUCAUAUUUGUUCUGGAGGUUGAAGGAAUCCGUCAAGAAGAUAGGUUUGUGGAAGAAGGGCUUAGAGAAGACAAUAGAAUAGAUAAAUACCUUACAUAAGAAGAUCGAGUAAAGCCUUCUCUUUCUCAUUUUUAGUUCCCAAAAUGACGGUUAUUCUUUGUCAGCGAUAGAGCAUAUGCAUGGGGAAUAUUGAUGAAUAUUUAGUUUUGAGAUGACUGACACUGAAGCAGAGGAGAAAAAAGUAGCAAUAUGAUGUCAUGUAUUUGAAAUAGACCCCUGUAUAAAUCAAAUUAAUCAGUCAAUAAAAUUUGGAGCAGUUCUUUUCCCAUUUACAUCUGUUUCAUCAUUUGUCAUUAGGCAAAUUUAUAAUGACAGUUUCAUAUUUUAAGGAAGCUCUAGUGACCUCUACAAAAUAAGUCAGUGAACCUGUCACUAAUAAUUCCAUUAUUUAGCUGAUAGUGCAGUCUUUAAUCCAGAAAUUAUGUGUUAGGCCCCCUUUCCCCAAGGGAAUACGUUUUCUAAACACAUUUAUCCACAGUAAGGAUGCUAUUCAGUAUAUUUAAAUAGGUUUUAAUAGAUUUUCUACUCUGAAUAUAAUUUAAGAACUAAGCUCUCAACAACUUCUGUCACUUGAUUUAAAUCAGUAUUUAUAAUGAUAAUUUUUGUUUCUCAAUAUUGAAAUCAUAACUAUGAAUUUACAAAUACCAUGUAUGAAAGUGCUAAAUGUUACUGCACUAUCACAUUUUUAGCAAUUUCUGCAAAUAUUCCUAUGUCAGCAGGCUUCAUUUUAUGGCAGGGUGUAUUUUAAUAUUUUUAUGGGUGAUUUAGAAAUAUUAAGGACUUAGGAUAAAGUAAACAGAGAACAUUAGGUUAACCCAGUGUUCUUCAACCAUAUAUUGUGCAGUGUAACCUCCAUUAGUUCUAACCAUAUCCUGGUUAGUUGAUGAUGUUGUAACUCUGCAUAUCUGACAUUCUCAGAAUAGAAAAGGUUGGAUUAGGAAUAUAGAGGAAGAUAGUUUGCAUUUUAUGUGAUACACUGGAUGGGUCUACACAUCAUGUUAACUAUGGUUUGGCCUAAUCACUUGUUCACUAAUAAGAACAAGUGGUUCAUGUAGAACUAAGCAAAAGUGUAUCCAUUGUUUGCAUUAAUCUGGUGUGCAAUGUAGAUGUUAAAAAUAGGGAUGCUCAUUUGUCUUCUAUAGAUAAUAGACAACCUUUGCUUCAGGGCCAUAUUGACUUAGAUAUUUGCUCUUCAUAAGUUUUUAAUUCCCAUAUGUUGUUAUUACAGUCCCAACCAAUACUGUAUGGCUAACGAUCAUGAGUAUCCCAAAAAGUCCGGAGAUCUAAGUAUGGGAAAAUUUUAAAGGAUUGUUAAAAAAAACAACCCUCCACACACCUGGACCAGGUAUCUGAAUUGCAGCAAAUAUAAUUCCCAAACUUUUGCUUAGUUUGAAUGAUAUUUGUGAGAGAUGUACUCAGUACUUCAGUAGUAGCUCUAAAUGGGCUAAGGUUAUCUCAGAAUUCAAGGAGCCUGAUCUGUUUGUGAUAUCUGGUUAAAAACUAAUUGAAAAAGUGAAUGUGAAAAUGUCAACUUUAUGGGUGAAACCUUUUUAAAAUGUUAGUUUGAGGGGAAAUAGUUACAUUUAUAAUGCAUUGAAGACCUGGCUAUUUUCCCAGUUAUAUGAGUGAGGGUAGAGAUGAGUCGUGCUAGUGUCAGGUUCACAGCUGAAGGUUCAGUUAAGCUGAUUUAUUGCUAAAAGCCUGUGCGCUGGAGUCUUCUCAACUAAUGGUUGGCAUCUGGUUAGAGUUUGAUAAAAGUCAACAGCUCUCAAGGGGUGUUAGACUUAGUUUGCUUGUGGCUAUUUAGGGAUUCUAAGCUGAUCCCUCUUUUCACUCCAUACCCAUUUCUGCCAUUCCUUCUCCUACAGCUACUAUGAGUGGUUAAUAAUAAUUUAUUCUUGGCACCAGAGGGCUAAGGUUUGGGGAGGGGGUGCUGGUUGAUCUGCUUUUAAAUCUUGUAAGAUGCCCAGAGCCACUUGAUAUGAGUGGCUAUAUAAGUUAUAUAAAUAAAUACAUUAUUUUGAAAAAUUAAUGAAAAAUUAUUGCAAAAACAUUUUUAUGCUUGCUAGGUAAUAAUUAAAAUUGGCAAUUUUCAUUUCACAUAUGCAGGGGAAAAUCAAAGUAUCUCAGAGAAAUUUAACACAUACUUCUUAAAGUGUUAGAAGUUGAGUUCUGGCCCUUGAUUUAUCUCUAGCAAUUGAAAUUCUCAGGCUUGCUUCUCUUUGCCAAGAGACAGCCAGGCAAAGAUUGUCUCUGCAUUGGGUGAGUUGUAUUUGGCCAGCUCAAAAAAAAAAAAAAAAAGUCACACUUUGUCUUGUGUUGUCUGCUUAAGUCUCAGAUUAUGUGCAUGUAUGCAUGUGUUUGUAUGCACUUGUGUUUGCAGUUUCAGUUUCAGAAAAAGAUACAGUUUUUACUUUGUAGGAUAUAGAAUAGUUUCUUCUGGAGAGUACUGGUUGUAAGUAGGUACACAGUGACUUCUUUAAGUGAUUGGCUAAUAGAGGAAUCAUUUUAUGAUGUCAAGAUGAUAGCAUUUUUAAUAUAUCGAUCUCAGUCAAUUUACAGUGUCCCACAUGUGGCCAUUAUGAACAAAGCAUUCAUCAUCUCCUUCCUUGGCUACUUGUAAAACUGCCCCAAAACUGCUUUGACAGCCCUGAUUCUGCUGGUAUAAAAAAAGAUAUGAAUAUGCAAAUGACUCAGUGGGUAAGCAAAUUUGUCUCAGCAGAUAACUAAUUGAUGUAUUCCAGUCUCCCAUAGAUUUUUCUAAAUAGAUCUGGAUCUAAAUAAAAAGAAUAUAGAUCUUUCUAUCAAUAUUUUUUUCUAUUUCAAAGUAGGUAACAAAUUCAAACUGAAAUCUCAGUAGAAUUUCCAGAGCAUUUCUUGAAUCCUUCACAUUUCUGAAAAUGGACCAUCUUAAUUAGUUCACCAACAUAUUAAAGGGGACCUGCUGCUAUCACUAGCUGAGAUCGCACAAAGAUCAUAACGCUAUUAAAUAUUAUCCAGUUCUUCUACCUUAUAUAUGAGGGGGAAGCUAAAAAUGUGAAUUGGGGAAUCCCUUUGAAGGCAUGUUCAUGUUAAAGAAGAAAUAAUGUAACUUUUGCAUGCUACUGGUGUUAUUGUGUGUGGAUAGUUGUUAGAUAUACUACAGAUAUAUUUCUUUCCAUGAGCUGGAAUAUAUUGGAUAUGCCUGUUUCUAGAAUGUGUUGAAUUGAAUACUCUUAUUGGGUAUGCCAGUCAUCUUCUCAGCACUGCACAUAGUUGGCUAGGAUGGGUGGUGUUUGCAAAUUGCUUCUCAAUGCUUCCCACAGCUCAAGGAAAUCUAGUACCGGUACUAGAUAAGCCGCUGAUUGGAUCAUUUUUCAUCAAGUUCUAGAGUAGAAAUAGAAAAAGAAGCAGAUUGCUUCUUGAUUUUUUUUUUUUUUGAGACCAGAAUUGAUGGACCUUCCAUAUCUAUCUCAAGCCUGCAGUCCUGAACUAUUUCUGUCUUGAUUAUCUUGAUUGGAAGAGGAUUGUAAUUUUGAGAGUUUAUUUCCUUCAUUCUUUCAUUUUUUUUCUUCCUCUCUAUUCCAUUUUUGGUACAUGUGUUAGCAAUUUAGGCUGUCUGUCAGACAGAAGGACUGUUUUAUUACUGAUAUCAAUAAAGCAAUGAAAGGCUUUUUUGUUUAAAGAGUCAGCAUGAAAAAAAAGCUUUGAGUAAUUAAUAACCCUUACUAUAGAGAGAUGUCUCAGUCAGGGGCUGCAGCCUUAUAUGGAGAUCCAAUUUACCUGAAAGUCUCGGAAUUGCUGUACAAGAUGCUAAACUGGAAAUAGACCUUCCAUGAUCAGAGGCAGUGUACCACUUGACAAAAGUUACUGAGGUGAUGAGGGAGGGAGGAAAGAGUUUAAUUAGAGUUACAAUUAGAGUGGAUAAUAUUUACUGCCUUCAUUUUCUACUUCUAUCCAAUUUGUUGGAAUUAAUGAAAUCUUUUGGUCUGACCCAGCUAUAUAAAUCAGACUUAUUUCAGCACUGUAUAAAUUUGAAGCUGACAAUAUGUCUCCCAAUAUGUCCCAAAGGUGCUUUUAUUUUAAAAGCAACUGGACUUUGAUUUUUCUUUAAGCCAUUUCACUUUUCAUUCAAGAAUCAUCUCCAAGAUCUCCAAAUAGUUUUGGAUUACAGUUCCCAUAAUCCCCAUUAGCUCCACCUCUGCUAGUUGGUACUGGAGAGAAUUGUAGUCUCCAAACACCAGGAAGGUACCAGAUUCCCCACUCUCUGUCUUUAACUGGUUCAAAUACUAAUUAAAAUGUCUGUGAAAUUUUAAUAAAGCUGUCCGAAAGAAUAUAGCCAGUGAUAAAUUUAGAUUAGUGUUUUCCAAACUUAGUACCGUUAAGAAGUCUGGACUUCCACUCGGAGAAUUCUCCAAUCAGAAUUUUGAAAGUUGAAAUCCACAUAUCUUAAAGCUGUCAAGUUUGAAAAACAGUGUUUUAUGUUCUGUAUUCCCUUCAAACAGUACAGCUAUAAGUAAUAGGGAAACCUGACACUUUCCCCUAAUAAAUUGAGCAAAGCCACGUUACAAUCAAAACCUGCCUUCCCAAAGUCUCAUGGAGAUCAAAUCUUCACCCCCAGCUGUUACCAUUGAGUCUUUGCCCCUUGGAGCUAAAUAGGAAAGCAAGUCUCCUAUAGGCAAAGAAGCAGUGGAAAUUCCUGCCCCCAGAAAGUUUGAUUUGAGGCAAUUUGCAUCUGUGUGUCAUUCCAGCUCAUUUCUGCAGUAUUGCAGGGCACUCCAACUUGCCUUUUUCCUGUUGUUUCUGCUGAUGGGAGCUAUUAACCAAUCGCAUUUGCUCAACUGAAGCUGUUAAUGGAGCUUCACAUCAAGGCAAAGCUUUAAAAUUCAUCAACAAGGGGUUUGCUGAGCAUGAAAGGUUUGUUUCCAGGCUUUCCAAAAAGGAAAAUCUUAAUCUUUCAUUUCUGUUCAUUUGAGAGCAAGGAUUUCAGAAUUAGAAAACUAUCAGCCAAUGGAAACAGCAGAGAACUGGUGAGCUCCUCUUCCUUGUCCACAGCCCUACUGAAGGCCACCAGAAUUUUAAAAUAUGGCUGCAAGCAGCGGAAGCAAUGAGUUUGUAGUUCUGAGCAAUGGCAACGUUCCAUUUGGAGCAGCAAGUCCAGAUCUUCUUGCAACCAAGGAUGGCACUCUCCUAGUCUACAACCUUCCGUCAUCAAAAGAAACUGCAAGAAGAAAAGUGAAUGCAAAUGGGUGUUUUCACGUUAAUGGCACACUCAAAGCACCUUUCCUUGCAAUGGAUGAGCAAAGGACACCACAGGUAUUGCUACAAUGUUGCCAUCGUUGCCCAUAUCAUCAGACACUAAGUAACCAAAGCAAUCAGCAAGAAUGUCUUUCAGUGGCUGGUAAUGCAGCAUCACCUCCAUUGCCUUCUGGUUCCCCAUACCUACAUACUGAAUAUUCAACAACUGCUUGCCAGAUGCAUACACCUUUGUAUCAGUCUGCUUGUUGCCUUCAGUCCUUGCCCUCCUUCUGCCUACAUCAUCAGUGGCCUGAACAUUUUCAGCACCAGCCUGUGCAACAGCAUAUAGCCAAUAUGCAGCCAGCCAGAGCGGUAACGUUGCCAAAAAGCUAUGCAGCUCUGAUAGCAGACUGGCCUGUGGUGGUUUUAGGCAUGUGCACUGUGUUAAUUGUGGUGUGUGCAUUGGUUGGAAUUCUAGUCCCGGACCUUCCAGACUUCUCUGAUCCUUUAUUGGGUUUUGAACCAAGAGGAACUGCUAUUGGGCAGAGACUGGUCACUUGGAAUAACAUGGUGAAAAACACAGGCUACAAAGCGACUUUAGCAAACUAUCCAUUCAAAUAUGCAGAUGAGCAGGCUAAGAGUCAUCGAGAUGGCCGACGGUCUGAUGAUCACUAUGAAAGAGAGAAGAGGGAGGCUGACUGGAAUUUCCAGAAGGACAGCUUUUUCUGUGAGAUUCCAAGUGAUCGUUACUCCCGAGUGGUAUUUACAUCAGCAAGUGGAGAUGACUUGUGGAAUUUACCAGCCAUAAAGUCAAUGUGCAGUGUGGAAAAUAUGCAGAUACGAUCCCAUGCUCAGUUUGGGGAUCUCUGCCAGAGGGCCACUGCUGCUUCAUGCUGUCCCAGCUGGACAUUAGGCAAUUAUAUUGCCAUUUUAAAUAACAGAUCAUCAUGUCAAAAAAUAGUGGAGAGAGAUGUUUCUCAUACUCUGAAGCUGCUCCGCACAUGUGCCAAAUAUUAUUAUAAUGGGACCCUGGGGCCAGAUUGUUGGGAUACGGCAGCAAGAAGAAAAGACCAGCUCAAGUGUACAAAUGUGCCACGCAAAUGUACCAAGUACAAUGCUGUUUACCAGAUACUUCACUACAUAGUGGACAAAGAUUUUCUAAGCCCAAAGACCUUGGAUCAUGGCUUACCAGCUUUAAAAUAUAGUAUGCUUUUUCUACCUACUGAAAAGGGAGACAGUAUGAUGAAUAUCUAUUUAGAUAAUUUUGAGAACUGGAACUCGUCUGAUGGAAUCACCAUCAUCACAGGGAUUGAGUUUGGAAUAAAGCACAGCUUAUUCCAGGACUAUCUAUUAAUGGAUACUGUGUAUCCUGCUAUAGCCAUAGUGAUUGUUCUGUUAGUGAUGUGCUUGUAUACCAAGUCCUUGUUUAUCACACUGAUGACCAUGUUUGCAAUCAUCAGUUCCUUAAUUGUUUCUUACUUUCUUUAUCGGGUUGUAUUUAAUUUUGAGUUUUUCCCCUUUAUGAACCUCACUGCACUGAUUAUUCUUGUGGGUAUUGGAGCUGAUGAUGCUUUUGUCUUGUGUGAUGUGUGGAGCUACACAAAAUUUGACAAGUCUCAUGCUGCCACUUCAGAAACCAUGAGCAUCACUUUGCAACAUGCGGCUCUUUCCAUGUUUGUUACUAGUUUUACUACUGCUGCUGCCUUCUAUGCUAAUUAUGUCAGCAAUAUUACAGCAAUCAGGUGUUUUGGUGUUUAUGCUGGCACUGCCAUUUUAGUGAAUUAUAUCCUAAUGGUGACAUGGUUGCCCGCAGUUGUGGUCUUACAUGAACGGUAUCUCCUCAAUAUUUUUAGUUGUUUUGUAAAGCCACAAGCAAGAGUUUACAGUAACAAAAGCUGCUGGACAGUGCUGGGCCAAGUGGUCCGUAAAGUAUUUUUUGCUAUCUCAGAAGCAUCUAGGAUAUUUUUUGAAAAAGUGUUGCCAUGCAUUGUGAUAAAAUUUCGAUAUAUUUGGUUGGUCUGGUUCCUAGCCUUAACAGUUGGGGGAGCAUAUAUAGUGUGUGUAAAUCCAAAGAUGAAGCUACCCUCCUUGGAACUAGCUGAGUUUCAGGUGUUCCGGUCUUCCCAUCCUUUUGAGCGCUAUGAUGCUGAAUUCAAGAAGCUUUUCAUGUUUGAACGGGUCCAUCAUGGAGAGGAGCUUCACAUGCCCAUCACUAUAAUCUGGGGGGUCUCUCCUGAGGAUAACGGGGAUCCCUUAAAUCCUAAAAGCAAAGGCAAGCUGAAGCUAGACAGCACUUUCAAUAUUGCAAGCCCAGAUUCACAGCUCUGGAUUUUAAAGUUUUGUCAGAAACUGAGGAAUCAGACAUUUUAUUACCAAACAGAAGAGCAAGAUUUCACGAGCUGCUUUAUUGAGACAUUUAAGCAGUGGAUGGAAAAUCAAGACUGUGAUGAGCCAGCUCUUUAUCCCUGCUGUAGCCACUUGAGCUUCCCCUACAAGCAGGAGGUCUUUGAGUUAUGCAUCAAGAGGGCCAUCAUGGAACUUGAAAGAAGCACAGGCUAUCAUUUGGAUAGCAAAACUCCUGGCCCUCGCUUUGAUAUAAAUGAUACCAUCAGAGCAGUGGUACUAGAGUUCCAAAGCACCUACCUUUUCACCUUGGCAUAUGAGAAGAUGCAUAAAUUCUAUCAGGAAGUAGACACCUGGAUUUCAGAGGAACUCGUUUCUGCUCCAGAAGGUUUAAGUAGUGGCUGGUUUGUGAGUAAUCUAGAAUUUUAUGAUCUCCAAGAUAGUCUCUCUGACGGUACUUUAAUUGCCAUGGGUCUUUCUGUCACUGUUGCAUUCAGUGUAAUGCUGCUUACCACAUGGAAUAUAAUAAUAAGUCUCUAUGCAAUAGUCUCAAUAGCAGGAACUAUUUUUGUCACAGUUGGAUCCCUGGUUCUGCUGGGUUGGGAGCUAAACGUCUUGGAGUCUGUUACUAUUUCUGUGGCAGUUGGCUUAUCUGUGGACUUUGCUGUCCACUAUGGCGUUGCUUACCGCUUGGCUCCAGAUCCUGAUCGAGAAGGGAAAGUUAUUUUUUCUCUAAGCCACAUGGGCUCAGCAAUUGCUAUGGCUGCAUUGACUACAUUUGUAGCUGGAGCAAUGAUGAUGCCUUCUACGGUUUUAGCCUAUACACAGCUUGGCACCUUUAUGAUGCUCAUAAUGUGCAUUAGUUGGGCAUUUGCAACUUUCUUUUUCCAGUGUAUGUGCCGUUGCCUGGGACCCCAAGGAACAUUUGGCCAGAUUCCUCUGCCCAAAAGACUACGGUGUGGUGCUAUCUCCCAGGCAUUGUCAGGAGGCCAAAGAGAUGGAGAACAAACUAAAACUCAGUCUGUCAAUAAAUACCAGUUUGAUUCAAGACCUCAGAAAGCAGAUGUAGAAGGAGAACAUGAGCACUAUGAGUUACAGCCAUUAGCAUCCCACACCAGCAGCGAUACUGCAGUGGAGAAGAGAAUCUGUGAAGAAAUACAUAUCUGCCCUGAGCUCUUCAGUGGCAGGCUGUCAAACCCACAUACUCUUCACUCAACAUAUAACACAGAACUGAAUGUAAACAUUAACAGCGAAUCAGGUUCAGCAAUGUCAUCCUUGGGUGAGCAGGAUCCCACUUGCCAUUUGUUGAGUCAAAACGAACAAUGUCAUUCUUUAGAGCCACAGCAGUGUACAGACAUGAAAUGCUCAGGUCUGCAUCAACAUAGAAAUGAAACAUUAUGCUAUCGCUGUUCUCUUUCAUCUGGGAACAUACAAGUCCAGAAUUCCCUAGUUCCCAUCAGUGCCUUGCUUCAUUCUUCUGAUGGUUAUGUGAAUGCUGUCCAGCAUGUUCUCCACUGUAGUUGUCUACAAGGCAGGUUCCAAAGACCCUUGCUUCAAAAUUCUCUUCCCUCAAAUGUUUUUCUCCACUCAGUCCCUUGUUUUCAGUCCCACAGUCCUCCAGACACUGAAGAGAACUCAGCAAUUCUUCCAAAUGAAGUAGGUUCAUCCUCCUCCCUCUGCAAAAGAUUGCUUACGAAACCUCUCUCUGAAACGGAACAAAGAUUGUCCUGUGUAGGGCUGUGUAGUAACUACAGAUCCAAAGGAGAUAAAACUAUCACUGAAGUGAACAGGAAUGAAAAUAAAAGUUCUGCAUCUAAGCCAAACAAGCAAGCUCAAAUGGAGGGUGUCCAGGGUUUGCCCCAAACUGCUUCAGGGAUAGAAGCAAAGAAUCAGACUGAGUGGAAAUGUUUGGAAAAUGUUACGGUAGAGGCUGGUCCUGAGUUUUGCUCUGAAAAUUCAGAGUAUUGUAGCCGAACCAUAACAAAAAAGUGCAAUUCUGUUGAAUGUCCUGUGCCAAACACUGAAGCCCAUGUGCCUCCUCUAUUAGCACACCCUGAACUUUCCAGUGAAAAAUUGCUAAUAAAAACUCUUUAAUAAAUCUUAGCCUUGAAA